GCGCGCGCGUGGACUCUCCUCGCUCAGCGGCCCAUCCCCCAGUCCUGUACGUGUCCGACCCCCGGGGGAAAAGGGGGAGAGCCAGGAGACUCCGUCUCAUCUAGCAGUUCAAGGGCCCUGGCCCAGGGCCAUGGAGUCCUUGGCGGCGACCAAAGCGGCGCUGGAGCCCGGGGAAGGGGAGGUGACUUCUGGCCUGGAGGCUUUGGCUGUGGAGGACCCUGCAGGGGCCCCUGCCCGGACUGACCCAGCCCAGGAGGCAGAGGAGGAGGGAAGGGAAAGGCCCAGAGAAGAAGUCCAGGUGGAGGUGGAAGCAGAGGAGCCCGCCCUUGAAGAGGCACAGGUAGAACCAGCAGGUACAUCCGAGGAGGAAGAAGAAGACGAAGAAGAUGAAGGCAAAGAGGACUGGUGUGUGCCUUGCAGCGAUGAAGAGCUAGAGUUACCCCAGGAUGGGGAACCCUGGAUGCCACCUCCUGCUGAAAUUCGAAAACUCUAUGAGCUGCUGGCCACCCAUGGGACUCUGGAGCUCCAGGCUGAGGUUCUACCCCGAAGACCUCCCACUCCGGAGGUCCAGAGUGAGGAAGAGAAAUCAGAUGAAGAGCCUGAGGCUGAGGAGGAGGAAGAGGAAAAACCUCAUGUGCCCACAGAAUUUGACUUUGAUGAUGAGCCCAUGACGCCCAAGGAUUCUCUGAUUGACAGAAGACGUACCCCAGGGAGCUCUGCCCGGAGCCAGAAGCGCGAGGCCCGCCUCGACAAGGUUCUCUCCGACAUGAAGCGGCACAAGAAGCUGGAGGAGCAGAUCCUCAGGACCGGCCGAGAUCUCUUCAGCCUGGACUCGGAAGACCCCUCGCCUUCGACCACUCCCGUCCGACCCACGGGAGGAGGGCUCUUCUUGAGGCAGCGGAAAUACUGAGGGAACGGGGGGGGGGGGGCUCACCUCUGCAGCCCCCCGAGCGCGAGCUCGCUGGGAGAAGGAGCUAGCGACUGGAGGAGGGCAACGUGGUGGGCUGGACCGUGGUUUCGGGGGUUGUUUUUGUAACUGAGUGGUUACAUUUUAAGUUUUUUUUAUGCCAAUCUUUAGUAUCUAAAUAAACGCUGUGCAGCUAACCCCUCA